AUGUGUCUCAUUACCGAAAUUAUGCCUCCGCAGAGCACCACAACACUGCUCGCAGUGGUCAUAGCAGCCAAUUUUCAGCUCAGUGAACACUACUUCUACAAUGGCAUCAAAUCCGGGCUUGAGCCCGACCUGAAGCACUCACUCUUCCUCGAUCGCAUCGGUCAGUGUCGUUGGCAGCCCGAUUUGGCAAUGUUCCUAGCUGACAUGCGGAUCGUCCAGCGAAACCACACGCAUUACGUGCUUAGUGGAGUACUGCGGAUUCGGCGUAACAUUACUCAAACCACCACGGGUACCGUGUCGAUCGAGAUCUGUCAGAAUACGACCCACUGCAGGCCGUUUGUAGCGCCACCGGUGAACAUUGGAGAUGUGUGUAAAUUUCUUACCGAGCAGCGCAACAGUUCUUUGGCGAAUGUAUUAGAACAUAGUGUGCCACCGUUGGAGUGUCCCUUCACUAAAGGUGUACGUCGAAUCAAUGACGCACUGGUGGAUUAUAAACCAUUCCGGUAUUUUUCACCACAUGUUAGUAAACUUUGGCGCAUCGAUUUUGUUGGCGAAAGCGAUCAUAAGCGAGUGUUCUGUAUAAGGAUUGAACUAUUUGUCUACAGCUGGGAAGAUAUGCUUCCUAGGUACUGA